UGUUCCUUGGACACAGCGGAUCACCGAUCAACGGAAAGAGCCGAAGAUGGGACAUGUACACUGAUCAUCAGGGCACUGAUGAUCAGUGUGCCCUGAUGAUCUGUGUAGCCCCCGCAGUGCCACCUGUCAGUGUCCAUCAGUGCCAGCUGUCAGUGCUCAUCCUUGCCACCUGCCAGUGCCACAUUUCAAUGCCUACCAGUGCACAUCAAUGCCACAUAUCAGUGCCCAUCUGAGCUGCCUUUCAGUGUCACCCAUCAGUGCCACCUAACAGUGCCAGUCAGUGCCACCUAACAGUGCCAGUCAGUGCCAAAUAUGAAUGCUGCCUUUCAGUGCCCAUCAGUGAUGCCUGUCAAUGCCCAUCAGUGCCACCUAUCAGUGCCCAUCACUGCAGCCUCAUU